AUGGAGGAGGAGGCCAGAAGAGCCGGGGGGGCAGGUGGUUCCUCAGAUCAAUGCGCUCCGAUUGGCCGGCGAAUCAAUCAACGGCGUCCUGGGGGAGCUAUCGGUGGAAUCUUCGAGUCCGUAGAGAGCGGCCCGGCUGGAGCAGAGGAGCUGGCCUUUAAAUUUGCUCUUAACACAAUCAACAGGAACAGGACGCUGCUCCCCAACACCACGCUCACAUACGACAUCCAGAGGAUAAACAUUUACGACAGCUUUGAGGCCUCUCGGAAAGCGUGUGACCAGCUGUCCCUGGGCGUGGCCGCCAUCUUUGGCCCCUCCCACAGCUCCUCAGCCAACGCAGUGCAGUCCAUUUGCAACGCCCUGGGCGUCCCUCACAUUCAGACCAAGUGGAAGCACCAGGUGUCGGACAAUCGCGAUGUGUUCUACGUCAGCCUAUACCCGGACUUCUCCUCGCUGAGCCGGGCCAUCCUGGACCUGGUGCACUUCUUCAAAUGGAAGACGGUGACAGUGGUGUACGAUGACAGCACUGGUCAGAGGGGCGGUGAACGCACUAUCGAGCCCCGGACGGCAGCCAUAUGUCUGGGGUGGAGAGUGAGCCAGGACCCCCCCCCCCCCCCCUUUACUCCAAUGGGACAGGCUGCUGAUCUGUGUGUGGAGGGAGCAUAA